AUCAAGGACAUGUAUGAGGGAGCCAAGACCAGGGUAAGGACAGUGGGAGGAGACUCGGAGUACUUCCCAGUGGAGAUGGGGUUGCACCAAGGAUCAGCUCUUAGCCCAUUUUUAUUUGCUCUAGUGAUGGAUUGUCUGAUGCGGCGAAUUCAAGGUGAGGUGCCAUGGUGUAUGUUAUUUGCGGAUGAUAUAGUCUUGAUCGACGAGACACGCAGCGGAGUGAACGCUAAGCUGGAGGUCUGGAGACAAACUCUGGAGUCUAAAGGGUUCAAGUUGAGUAGGACCAAGACAGAGUACAUGGAAUGCAAGUUCAGUGACGUGACACAUGAGUCUGGCGUGGAAGUGAGGCUUGGUACCCAGGUCAUCCCAAAGAAAAGAAGUUUCAAAUAUCUCGGGUCUAUUAUACAAGAAAAUGGGGAUAUUGAAGAUGAUGUCUCACAUCGUAUUGGCGCAGGGUGGAUGAAAUGGAGGCUUGCUUCAGGAGUGCUGUGUGAUAAGAAGGUGCCACUAAAACUUAAAGGCAGGUUCUACAAAGUGGUUGUGAGACCGACCUUGUUGUACGGGGCAGAGUGUUGGGCAGUUAAGAGCUCUCAUGUCCAAAAGAUGAAAGUUGCGGAAAUGAGAAUGCUGCGAUGGAUGUGUGGGCACACCAGCCGAGAUAGGAUUAGGAAUGAAGAUAUCCAGGAUAAGGUUGGAGUAGCAUCAGUGGAGGGCAAGAUGAGGGAAGCGAGACUGAGAUGGUUUGGGCAUGUGAGGAGGAGAGGCAGAGACGCUCCAGUGCGGAGGUGUGAGAGGUUAGCUAUGGAUGGUUUCAGAAGAGGUCGGGGUAGGCCGAAAAAGUAUUGGGGAGAGGUGCUGAGACAGGACAUGGCGCAGGUUCAGCUUACCCAGGACAUGACCCUAGAUAGGAGGUUUUGGAGGACUCAGAUUAGGGUAGAAGGCUAGUAGGUAGUCGUUGUUUCGAUCUAUAGUCUAUUGCCCUUUGUUUCUUGCUACUAUAUGUGGUUUCUUGUACUUCGAUUAUCUUAUUUAUCUGUGGUAGCUAUUGUUCCUUUUUUUUCAGACUGCUUUAUUCUGACUUAUUCGCUUUCUUUAGUUUCAUUUGCAUUCUGCUUUGAACUGCUUGUGCUUAUCUAACCUUUCUCGUUGUGAUUUCUCUUGAGCCGAGGGUCUUUCGGAAACGGCCUCCCUGUCUUUCGAGAUAGGGGUAUGGUCUGCGUACACUUUACCCUCCCCAGACCUCACAUUGUGGGAUUUCACUGGGUAUGUUGUUGAGAUUAGCCUACAAACAGUCUCAUUGAUGCCUGUGUUUGUAGUGUGUAUCAUUAUUUUGGUUGUUUCACUCAAACUAUAUACUUCUAGUUUCCUAAAUUUUGCUUCCUGUACCUGUGCCAGGAUAGUCGAUUUAUUGAACAAUUACACCUCAGUCCUACAUUAGUUGGAGCUAGUUGUAUGAAUCGUAUGCAUUCAUUCAAGGUUGGGCUGAAAUGGAGAAACAUAGUCAGUGAGUAUUCAUAUAGCCGACUCUUAACUUUUUUGAGAUUGAGGUGUAGUUAUUGUUGAUGUAUUCAUUUAAUAUGAGUACUUUAAUUUUUGCUGGCCGUCAAUCUACCAUGAGCUGCUGCUAAAAUGUUUUGGGUUUGGAUCUAACUUACUAGCAACAUUGAAUGGGUAUUAGUUUAGAUAAGAUCCAUGAAUGUAAUUGAAUAUGUUUUGAAAGCGACGCUUAAUACCUCGUGUUUGAAGAUACAAAGUUUCAUAGCGCAAGAUACUUCAAAAUAUAUGUGCUUUGCUCUAAGCGAGAGUAAUAGAGAGUUAUUCAGUAGGGGAAAUAUGAUUUGGAAGAAGAGCUUUACUGGUGAAAAGAACAAAGUUGGGGGAAGGUUCUUACUCCUCACGUGAAAGUUACAUG